GUAACUGUCUCCAAAAACCUCUCUGUUUCAGGUGGCCUCAGCACAGCAGUGGGGUAUCCGCUGGACACAGUGAAGGUGAGAAUUCAGACGGAGAGGCAUUACAAGGGCAUUUGGCACUGCAUUCAAGAAACAUACAGGACAGAAAAAGUUUUGGGAUUUUACAAAGGGGUGUCUGCAUCAGUUUUCUCAGUGUCGCUGAUUUCGUCCGUUUCAUUUGGCACCUACAGAAACUUCCUUUGUAACAUCUGCAAGCUGCGAUACGGCACUGCCGACGCCAAGCCUUCCAAGCUGGAUGUUUCCCUGGCUGGAGGUGCCGCUGGUGCCGUGCGGGUUGUGCUGAUGGCACCCAGUGAAGUGGCUAAAGUUCGGAUGCAGACCCAGAGGAACCCCCAUCCUUCUGCCAUGUCUCCCCAGUCCAACUCCAAGCCAAAGUACCGAGGGUCUCUGCACUGUCUGAAAGUGAUCACCAAGGAGGAAGGCUUUGGGGGUCUCUACAAGGGCUGCUCUGCAUUGCUCUGCAGGGAUUGCUCUUCUUCUGCAAUAUAUUUCCUUACCUAUUCUACCCUCUGUGACUGGCUCACGCCAACUGGGAGAAACAAACCAGGUUUCCUGGUUGUGCUGCUUUCUGGUGGCUUUGCUGGAGUCCUGGCCUGGGGAUUAGCUACCCCCAUGGACGUCCUCAAAUCACGAAUGCAAGUGGACGAAUCGGGGCAGCACAAGUACAGGGGCCUCAUCCACUGCGCGAGACAAAGCGUGAGAGAGGAGGGCGUGAAAGUGCUUUUCAAGGGUCUGGGGUUGAACUGCAUUCGGGCCUUUCCUGUGAACAUGGUGGUGUUUGUCACAUACGAAGCUGUACUGAGAUUUACAGAUCAUUUUACAAACAAAUAGUAGCUCAUGCAGCUCUGUUGUGAGGUGUAUUUUGUUCAGGUUGUUUUAUUUUUGUAGCACAACACACGCACAGCCGCUGAGCUCUGCUCUCUGCUGAUGGACAGAAUAAGCAGGGACAUUUCAGCACAACGCCAGAUGACUGA